AAACGGUAUUUUUAGAGAAGUGAGUCGCUGGCCGCAAGCGGCAACGGUAGUCAAGUGUCGCCGUUGACCCGAAGGAAAUCGAAUCCACCGAACGAUCCACGAUUCGGAUGACCACCGAUACUUCGAAACUCUCCAGCCAGAUCGAACAAAAUUCCCAUAAAUCGCGAACGUCAACGAAGAGAUUAGCGCUCGCUAGUAGAGCAAGUGCAGUAUGGGCGCGGCUGGCAGUAGUAACAGCACGCCAUCCACGUCGGCAUCGUUUAGGGGGCGAAGCGAGGGGACGUUCGUCUACGGGACAGAGGGAUCCUGCUGUCCAGAAUACGCGAACGAAAAUAUACGACAAAGGACGAGGACCAGCGCGUUCGACGUGGGUGAAGAACCUCGAUCGCAGGGUCCAAGUCCUUACGCGACUUUCACGGGCGAAGAACGAUGGUGUCAAAGACCGACAGCGCCCAGUUUGUCGAACUUGCGUUCUCGUGACUUGCGACGAGAGAGUUUGUUGACGUACGCCGCGCAGAUGACAGGUUGGCAGACAGCCGAGGGGCAUGGCCCUUCUUCGUUCGCUCAACAGAACCAGAAGGCUAUGGAGGUGAUUUCGCAGCUGGCUAUGGCCAAUCAGCAGCUAGCUACCGCGAACACCGCGACUCUCGCCAAUUUAGAGGCGCUUUACAUGGAACUGUCGAGAGAAAGGGAACUGAGGAGGCGAGUGGCAUCGUCUGAAGAAUCAAUGCCGGACGAAGCCUUGAAGAAAAGACUGACGACGAACGAUGAGAGAAGAGAGGAAGAGGAGGAGGAAGGAGAAAAAGUAGAAGAAGACGAAGAGAGGCAAAGAAUGGAGUUUAGGAUCGAGAGAUUGGAAAACGGUUUGAGGAAGGUUCGAUCGAGGAUAGAGAGGCUAGAGAAGACGAACCAAGGAGAGGACGAACGACAGAGUUCGACGAGUGUCUGUGAUUCGAAGGGGAUCCGAGACGCAGAUCGUCGGUGGACGAUCGACGAUCCGUGUGAUAGGCUCGCGAGCAGCGCCGGUGUACCUGAACGAGAAUUCAAAGGGCAGACGACGAUGGACGAGGCUCGAGCAAAGACUGUUUCUAGAGUAAGCUUCGUAAACGUCGAGGGCUCCAGGUGGAACGUGGAGGGCCGACACGUGGCAAAUUUGCAUUUAGAGAAGUCGAGUGAAGGUAGAAUAGAGGAUGAAACGAAGGAAAGUUUGGAUGGGAAAGAAGCGGUGAGAUUGUUGAAGGAAGUUGAGAGAUUGAAAGCCGAGCGAUCCGAGUAUCAACGUGAGAACGAGAGGCUAGCGAAAGAGUUGGUGGAGGAGAAGGCGAUGGUGAGGAAACUGAGGAAAGAUUGCGAAGAAUCACAAUCGCGACACGAGGAGGCGGAGUCGAGUUUGAAAGAGCGGAGAGAGGAAUACGAAAAGUUGAUGGCAAAGUUCGACGUUGCGACGAAGGAAACGGAGAGAUUGUUGAAGGAAAUAGACGAGUUCAACGCGUUGCAGAACACUGCCGAAGCAAAGAUCUCCAGUCUCGAGCAAGAUUUGCAAAAGUCGUUGUUGGAAAAGGAGGAGAUCAUAAACACCGAGAGCCAGAAGACUUUGGAAUUAAAGGCGCAGCUGUCGGAGGAGGUAUCCGAUAAGAAGAAGCAGAUAAAGGCCCUCGAAGACGCUUUGGACGAGAUUCAAAGACUGAAGGAGACUAUCAAGACUGAGAGGAAAAGUACAGAUGUCGAUGACUUGAAAGAAGACGUUGAUGCGAUCGAAUCGACAGACGAUCCACAAGGAAGCCCGCCUGCCGAUCGCACGUCGGGGAACAUCGAGGAAUUCAAGAAGGAAUUAAUCCUGAAGAGAGAGGCGAGGCAAAGAGCGAUAGCGGCGGUUUCGUCGGAAAUGGAGCGACUUAGACGGGAAUUAGACGCGGAGAAGGAGGCUCACUCGGAAACUUCGAGGAUGUUGGAGCUUCUGAGGUCUGCGCAGAACGACGCUCGAGCACGAACAAACACGGCUGACGACAGCUUGAAGAAGACUAGAGAGAAAGAUCAGAAACCAAACGAACACGAGUUGGCCACGCAACGUUUGGAGGCUCAACGACUAACGAGCGUUUUGAAGAUAUCCGACGAGCUGAGGAACAACAUCCGCAUUCAAAUGGACAAGGUGGACGAUCUUCGGUAUAGUUUGGAGGUUGAACCGGAUCAGCAUCGGUACCGCAUUCGUUGCUUGUCGGACGUGACCAACCGGACCCGAGAGGCCGUUUACUUCAGAGAACGUGCUACCAACGAGCUGAAGGACCAUCUAGCGCAGAUUCUGGCGCGACUUGGUGACAGGAGCUUCCUAGAAGCGAAGGACGGGGUUAGCCUGGAGUGCGAACGUCAGCUGGAGAAUAUCAAUAGCCUGAAGAGCCUCUACAACGAGAGGCUGAAAGUGCUGAACGAAGUGAGGGAGACGGCGGCCAGAGAGCUAGCGGAGGCCAGGGUGAGACUGGAUCACUCGUUGAAAAAAUGCGAAUGCCUGGAGGAUGAUCUAAAGAAGGCCGACGAGAAGGCCGACGCGCAGUAUACGGAGAUAACGAAUUUGGAAUCUCAACUGGGACUCACCAAAGCGGACUGCAGAGAUCUGCAGAAUCAGAUGUCGCUGAUCAAUAGCCUGUUUACACAGAUGCUGUUGGGUGCCACCUCUGCCGACAUGGACCUCGAUCGAUUGACUCAGUUACUUCAGGAGAAUCACGACUUGAUAUGCGACAUGGCGAGGGAGGAAGGCACCGAAGCCGCUGCGCUUCCCAAGCUUCUUCUCGACCUGAUCGAGCAGGUCGAGGGCAGUAAAACGUCACAGAAACACGGCGACGGGGGAAACGGAACCGAGGUUGAAACAGAGAAGAAGGAAGACGACUUACAGCAGGAGGACAUAGCUCACAACCUGCCUAAAGUCUGGCGUGUCUUGUUGGAGUUGCUCAGUUGUCACGCGGAAUGUGCUCCGUCCGCUUCAGCGGCAUCCUCCUCGGACCCAAACAUCUGUUACAAAUCGAUCGAUACGCCAGCCGGCCCCAGAUUGGUGAUCUCGGUCAGCAAAACGUACAUCCGCCUGAAAGAGUUGAUAUUAGAAAAGAAACACUUGGAGAAGGAGAUGAAUCGGAUGAAACAGUUGAACGUCCAUUUGGAGUGUAAACUUGGCGAACAGGAGAAGCGACUGUCAGCAGUGUCAGUGGAAUUGAGUAAAACGUGGACGAUAGUCGAUCGAAUGCAGGCCCAGCAUCAUCAGCUGCACACGCACGAGAAGAUCCUGCGAUACGAGCUGCAGCAGAAGCGGAAAAUGUUGCAGGAGCUGAAACAAGAAUUGGAGUACUGUCGCGAGAAGUGGGAGUCCGCCAGGCAGAAGAACACGAACACGGAAUUGGAGUGGAGGAGCUUGAGAAGAGAGUUCGCUGCUAGGAAAGCUCUCGCUUCUCACGAUUCUUUCAAUAACAGCGCGGAAAGCGGAUUCAGCGACGAACGAGGUGAUGAUACCGACGAGGAAGACGACGCCAUGGACGACAGAAUUAGAUUAGGCCUGCGCAGAAGGUCGCGAAAGGAGAGUCCUCGAGCACCAACGCCGGACACAGAAUCAGAACAGCCAACCGACACGGAGCUAUCCGAGCCAAAGACAGGCUCCUCAGCAACGUUAGAGCAACGAACCCCUACUCCAGAGACUGAAGCAGAACUAGAUGAGACAGAAGUCGCGGACGCGGUUCUAAACACUGAAUCCACGAACGUAGCAGAAUCACCAUUGCUUCCAGAAAGUCCACAAGAAUCGUUAAAUCCGCUGGACCAGGCUCUGACAAAUGUUAUCCAGGAUCUCAUUAGCAUCGAUAGCACUAUAAACGUCACCUCAACAGCCUUCUCAUCGUCAACCGACGAGAAUAUCAUGGAAAAUGUCACGAAUGAAGACAACAUGGUAUCAAUCAUCGAACCUUGGUCUACGACGCCUCUGCAAUCUCAGAAAACCACCACGGAGGUACUCGACGAUACUUCUACUCUCGAUCCUCCGACAAUGCAGACCUGUACCUCGUCGACCGUCAGAGCGGAGGGAGCUCGAAGUAGAAACGAAACGGACGGUGAGAAAGCAAAGAACGAGGACACCUCGAUAUUGUCCACGUCCUAUGUACCCAGUGUGAUCAGCGUAGCAAACGCGCAGCCUGUGUUCUCUAUCGGACCCUUCCCUCCGUCCAGCGUGGCACCUACGAUCGUGAAAAACGUCCAAUUCAGAGACCCUCUGAUCGUCGGCCCGUCUAAUCGAUUUUUUGCUCCAGUUUUCGGACAAAUGUCUUCUCCCUCGCCCUUCGUCUCCUCGACGUGCCAAGACGCGGCGGAGUGCAGAGAAAAACCCGGAGCCAACAGAUCGUUGGAGAACAUCGUGGAUUCGGACAACGUCUCCGUGGACUCUACAUCGAGCUUGGAGACUGUCAAAGAGAUUGCCACCGCUGACAUGGGCUCGUCCAGUGACACUGGAAAACUCUCUGACUCUGCGAGCCUGGCUGAAGCUGGCGGGUCGGCGAAGACCCAGAAUGAGAGAAUGGUUUCCACCGUGAAAGGCAGAACGCCCGAGGAAGCUUUAGCCGCUAGAGAAGACAGGCUGAAGAGGUUGGAGGAACAGGCGAAAUGGUUGAUGAACAAAAUGAACGCGACCAACAGAAGGGGUUCUGCAUUGAGCACUAGGCUAGAGGAGCUUCACGAGGUCUACGGGGAACCGCCUGUUCCUCCUCCUAUGCCCGAUGUCCUGCCUAGUCGAAGAUUGAGGACUGCUUUGUCGGAUCUACCUCGUCAGGUACCUGAAUCAUCGAUCACCGAGGAUGCCAAAAAUACCGAGAAGCUCGACUCAAGUGGCGAUUCCAACCAACCAUCACCCGAUAACGCAUCUUGAGACGUCUGCCACUUUAUUCCCGUCGUGUACAUGAAAACGUGAACAAAACACGGGCAACUCGUGUGUACGAAACGUGCCGGCGCUCGCUUCCACGAGAAAUUAUAUAAUUCUAGAAUGAGUCCGAGCUCUCUUUGCGAUUCGUUCCGAACAAAUCGAUGAAUCGAUUCUUUCGUUCUUUUUUCUUUUGUCGCGAAUCAAACGUCUCGUCUCCACUUAAAAUAAUUAAAUCUACGUUUCCCUCUCGUAAAUGUACGAAAGACUUUGAAACAUGCCUGGCUGUGAUUCAAAGCCAUUGAUACGAGUAUUUUCUCUACUAAACGAGUGUUCUUCCUUUUCUUUUCUUCCAUUCUUGAACAAUUUCAAUUGUCGGUGUAUCUGUCGAUGUGAGUAAACGUCUCGUUGUUCCUAACAAGAGAAUCUCUAUGUGAUCGCUCUCGAAUCCGUUCCUGUUUUGUACCUUCUACGAACUGUACCUACUAAUUUCGCCGUAUGAAUAAAAAUUCUACAAAAAG